AUGGUUAAGCUUUGCUAUUUAUUACCUCUAAUAAUACUGAGCGCACAUAGUGGUAACGCAAUAAGUACGGAGCUUUCAAAGCCAAUGACAAGGAAACAAAAGGUCUUGGGUAAAGAUCAUGGAGAAUACAUCAGGAAACAUUAUGCACCUAUGAAACUACAACUAGAAAAACGUGUCAGUUAUAAUCCAAAACAAAGCAUACUACCUCAAAACCAAAGCCUGCGAAGCAAGGAUUCAGAGUUGGAAGGAGCUGCUUAUAGUUACUCUGUUAUUGGGGGGAUUGGGAAUGAGGACAAAGAUAUAUCAGAGAAUGAGAUUAAACUUGAAAAAGAUGCUUUUGUGUAUAGCGAUGGUAGCAAUACAUUAAAUCCGAUGCCUGAAUCAAGUCGUGACAAUAAUAAAAAACUCGAGAUGGAAACUUAUAGACUACAGAAACUACAAAGUGAUCUGAUGAAAAAUGAUGGCUCCAUUGGUACGCAAAAUGGCAUUGAUGUUGGUCUUGAUGUUGAUAAGAAUGGGUAUAAGUUUAAGGAGUAUAAGGAUUAUAAUGAUGAUAACAGCAAUAUUGCUAACACGGAUGGUAACGCUGGUUACGAUGGUUCCUUCCAUAGUUGCAGUACCCAAUCAGCCCAAUCUCGAAUAAAUACGGAAGCAUUAACGGAAACUUUGGAAUACUAUCUAACUUUGGGAAAAGAAAAAUGGGCAGGGUUUUUAGCUACCAGUAAUUGCAGCAAAUUUCUGGAAUUGUUUAAAAGGCUACAAAAUAAGAUAAAUAGUGCGUCCCAGCUUGAUAAAAUAGAAGAAACGUACUCAACAAGGGAGCUCACGUGUGCCAAUUGUAGAGAUGGCAGUAAAGCUGAUGUCAACAGAGUGUAUAGUAACUUUGAUACACCUAAAGCUUACGAUCGAGAAAAUAGGUCUUCCAGUCAAAAACAUGAGGUUUUUUUUGAAGUUGAAAAUCACAAUCGUACAACUGGAACAUCAUUCGAUAAUAUAGCUGGCGAAAAAAAAGACCAGUUUAUGUCGUUACUGCAAAAUGUCGUUAGCUACUGGGAAAGAGAAAAUGCAAAGGACAUUUUGCAAGCCUCGAGGGGUGUAGCAUACAAAGAUUUCAAACUAGGCGGAGACGUAUACAAUGAAACAGCAAAUGUGGUGAAACAGAAUAAGAUUGCAAAAACUCAAAGCGAAAAGUACAAUCACUCUUCUAAGCAAAGGGAAGAUUAUUAUGACACUCCUGAUGAGAAUGACAGCGCUGCAACACUUUCACGUUUAGAUGAGUAUCAUUCAAAAAAUUCAAGGCAUAGAGACCUUUUAGAAAGUAUUCAUCCAACUGAUGUGAAAACCAAAGAGCAAGAAGCGUGGUUAAGGGCAAAUGCAAUAAGAAGAGCACAGCUUCUCCAGGAAUUAGUAAACGGGAAUCACGAUGAAAAGAUGUUACAACAGGAUCUUACAAAAUAUAGAGACGAAAACAUUUUCCUUGAUCAAGAUGAAAAUGAAUUUGUUAGUAACGGAGUUAAAUUGAAACCAAGAUGUUCGGUGUCGUAUGGCAUAUUCUUUGCUGUUACAAUGUUAUAUUGCCUAUACUAA